GUACAGGAUAGAGGAAUUAGCAGCAGCAAGAAAAGCUGUGGACAGGUGAGCCAGCAGAAGCAGGUGUGACAGGGAGCAGCCAUGUCACACCACAGCGACGAAAAUGCCAUAUACGCCUCCACUGACUCCUUUUGGGAGGUUGGUAACUACAAGAGAACAACAAAGAGAAUUGAGGAUGGAAACAGACUAUGCGAUGACCUCAUGAAAUUGGUCUCAGAAAGAGCGGAGAUUGAGAAAAUGUAUGCAAAGAACCUGAAAGAAUGGGCAAAAAAGUGGAAUAACAUUAUUGAGAAAGGGCCAGAGUACGGGACCACAGAAGCAGCCUGGAAGGGAGUGCUGAUGGAGGCAGAACAACGGUGUGAGUUGCACAUGCGUGUGAGAGAAAACCUCAUCAAUGAUGUCCACAGCAGCGUCAAACAAUGGCAGCGGGACAAUUACCACAAGUCCAUGAUGGGCCAGCUGAAAGAAAAGAAAGACAUUGAGGACAUGUUCAAGAAAGCUCAGAAGCCAUGGGCCAAAAUUCUGGAGAAGGUGAACAAACACAAAGCAGAUUACCACAAUGCCUGCAAGAGUGAACGUUCUGCGCAGAACCAGGAGCGUAAUGCUGGCGGUGACUCCUCACUCUCUCCAGACCAGGAGAAUAAGAAAAACAGUCUAAUAAUCCUGGUGAAGAAGCUACAAGACAGAGUUUCCAAAGCAAAGGAAGAAGUUUCACGCGGAAGGGAAAAGUACGAACUCACUCUGCGUGAAAUCUCAGACUACAACCCCAAAUAUAUUGAGGAGAUGAUCCAUGUAUUCGACAAAGCACAGGAGGCUGAGUCCAAGCGGCUGAUGUUCUUCAAGGACAUGCUCUUCGCAACCCACAAAUGCCUCAACAUCUCAAAUGACCCAAGCUUGCCACGAAUUUAUGAGGAAUUCAAUCAUACAGUAGCAAAUGCGGAUUAUGAGAAGGACCUGAAGUGGUGGAGUAACAACCAUGGGGUAAACAUGCCCAUGAACUGGCCUUCAUUUGAGGAAUAUUCAGAGGAAUUCCGCGACAUUAGCGGAAAAGGCAAACGCAGCGGCCAGAUCCCAGAGGGCGCCAUCACGCUGCUCAACCAGCGCACCGUUGGAGAUGACCUGCCAGAGUACACGCCAGACCUGCACCGCAUCAGCAAGAAGGGAACCAAAGGAGCCGUGAGUGGCACAGGUGACGUCACGCUCACAUCUGUCAAAGGACCGCCCAACCACACCUCGCCAGCCACUUCCAAAGCCUCAGACAAUAAUAGACACUCGGCGAUAAGCGACCCACAGGAGUCCCACGAAGCGUCCAAUCCUUUCGAUGAGGAGGACGAUCCACACAGUCAAAACAAUGGAGUGAGUGGAGAUGAUGAUGAGUGGGACUACAGUGACCGCAUGGUUGAUCCCAACAAACCUGGAGUGCCAGUGCGAGCACUCUAUGACUACGAAGGUGUUGAGUCAGACGAACUCUCUUUCAAAGUCGGGGAGACCUUUGAGAAGCUAGAGGAUGAGGAUGAGCAGGGAUGGUGCACUGGACGCAAGGAUGGGCGGAUCGGUCUCUAUCCUGCGAAUUAUGUGGAACUCUGCUAAGCCAUCAUGUAUACCCAUUUUGGUAGAUCCAACUUGUAACAUUUCUGUGUAAAGACCUGUAGCAUAACAUUACCAAGCACAGCAGCUGCUCCCUGACUGGCCUGCCGCCACAGGCUGGAGGACUGGUCUCCAACACUCACAGCAACAGUAAAUUCAUACCUCACAUAACCUUUGCCAAAAGAGGGUCAUGAGCCCCAUCCCUGUCCAACAGGUCUUUUUAGUCCAUAUGGUAAUGUGUAGCAGUGAUUUAGCACUACGAGCAUAUUGUCUCUUGGAUGAACGUGGAUUUGUGUCAUUGAGGUGGAUGAACCCAGAGGUAGCUUUAUUCAGACAGAUGCUGCUAUCUGGAGAGUCCAACUGACAGCUGAGAAUGGAUCAUAGCCUUUCAGGAGUUUGUCACCUUUGUCAGUGUUAUGUUUUGUAGAGAAAUUUUCAACAACAAAAGAAUGUUGAAUAUCAUGAUAUUUCCAACAUUACACUUCAUUAUUUUAUGUGAACUUUUGUAUUCUGAGUUCCUGAAAGAUUGAACAAGACAUCAUACAUCAUAUUUACAUGUGAAAAAAUACAUGCCUACACCCACACACACCCACACUGUUUAUGUAUUAUGGUUAUAUAAGGUUAUUGUUAAUUCUGAGUAAUGUUAGUUUUAAGUCUUCUACAGACUAAUGUAUAUUUAGCAAGGCCAGAUAUGCACCAGACAGUUUAUUUGUUUUGUAGAUAUAUAUUUGUUGGUGAAAAGGAGAGAAAUGUGAGUGCGGUAAUGUUUGGAGACACAAUGCAAUUCAGGAGAGGCAAAUGAGCCCCGUUCUAUGGGGCAGCGAAAGAGAGAAGAGAGGGAGGAAAGUUACCAAGGAUUGUUUUUCAUUAGGACUACGCAACCACAGGUAACAGAGACUUGUGCUCUAAAUGUGUCCUGGUAAUGAUGCAUAUAUAUCGAAUGUACAUAGCACUUGUUUUAUUCCAAUUAUUAUGUACAUAGUGUUGAUGGCAUGGUGUAGGCCCACGCUGUUACCUAAUCACUAAGAUGUUCUAACAACCUUCUUUAUUUAUUUUAGUAAGAACUUAUUUCUGUAGAACUACCAUCAUUCAUUAUGGUUUAUUAUGAUGUAUUACUCUUACUAGAUUUAUUAUGAUUCAAAUGAUUUAUUAUUGCUGUUUCCUUUUUUUUUUAUUAUAUAUAUAUUUUUAAUCAUUUUCCAAUAAGCAUUACUUUUUUAUGCCAGUGUUGUCUGUAGUAUUUGUCUUUUCGUGGGAGUGAACUACAUGCCCAGAGUAACGUCAGCUCUACUACUACUAUGCCAAUAAGUGUAAGUCAUAUAUGAUAUAUGAAUCAUAAUGGGUCAUUCUAUUGUAACCAGCUGAGGUGGAAUUGAGUUUCAACACUCUCCUCAAGCUUUGGUUGUCUCUCUUGUGUAAUAUCCAGGUCUGCUUAACCCAUUUCACUUAACAGAUGUCUCCAAGGGUGCAAGAAUGUUGAUGUUGAGGUGACUGUGUUAAGCAUAGUCCAUGCUAGAUUAGCUUUAAAGUAGAAAACUUGAACGAUCAAAAGUGCAUUAGGAAAUGUUGACCAGUAAAACCCAAGGAGUCAGGUAAACUCAUUUACUUCAUACUAUUAUUUUAUUUUUAUGUUCUGUAGUUGGUAGGCCUUGAGGCUGUCUCUGUUAUUGUGUCAUGGAUAUUCUGGAAAAUUUGUGUUUGACCUCUUUACAUCAUGUUCUCAAACUCUAUUGCUUGGAGUCCUUUGUUUGAGCUCCAUUAGAAGAUGACGAACUAUGAGAAAACCUUUUGCAGGCUAUCAGCUGGCACAUGCAGGUGCUCUUUCACCUGUUGCUUAUGCAUGAGCCAAGAUCACUAUGUCCUGUAGCAUUUUUUAAGUGCCACUUUUGAGCAGAAAAACAGAAAACACAAUUGAGAUACACGCCAAAGACGCAAACACACACACAUGUAUACUAACACAGAGACAUGUACACACAGGUACUGUAGGUAGGGAAAGAAUUAAUAUUUAUUUUUCUGUUGGAGUACAACUUAAAAAAAACAAUGGAUUCAGUUUAGCAGUAUUUUGGAGGGGUUCUUUCUGUAGGCCCCUCACAAUAUAUCUAGUUGGUGCCAGAAUAGUGUGAUUCAUGUAAAUGCUGUUAUUGAAGUCCAGUGGUAAGUAAGUGUAAGUAUGUGCACUUCACUGUAACUACUGAAGCAGGAAAUCAUAUUGCAAAGUGGGAUCCUCUAGUAUUUCUUGUCAUUAUUGGCCUAACUUAAGGGUAAGAUCUAUGGAAAAUAACCUUGCAAAACAUAGUGUCCCAUUUGAAAGAGGUCUGAGGUUAAAAGAAACAUUUUGAGAUAAAAUUGAGGCAUUUUCUUAUAAGGAUCCUUUAAAGAAAUAUGUGGUCCUGUCAGCAGCACAGCAGAAUAGUUUAGUUUGUGAAGAAAGAGAUUAACUAUUGUGUACGUAAGUGUUUAGAGAUAAUUUGCACCAUACGAAGAGGUAGUUGAUUGUGCUUUUAGCAAGGAAACAACAUUUAGUACUCCACUUGACAAGUGUAGACAUCGGAAUGGGGGCAACAUCCUUAGCCUUUUGUGCUGUUUUGAAUCUUUCAUCAGUUUGCCUUUUUUACAUUCUUUUUGAAAUGGUAUUUCUUGGUGGAAAUUCACAUUUUGAUCACUAGGUUUGAUUUCCUCAUUAUUUUACUUUGUUACUAGCUUUUUUAUGUUAUAUUAAAGAUAAAGAAUCAUUAUGUACAUAUUCUAGAUAUUUUAUUUAACCAUAUAGGACAAAUUUGAAUGUAUUUGACUUGUCCAGUGCUAUGUCUUGGUGAGACCAGAAAGAGCAACCCUUCGAAUGUUGUGUAGAUUGUUUUCCCUUCCUGUCCCAUAGUAAAUAUUUAUACAUCACAUUCAGAGGGUUAAUGUUCACUGUUGGUCCCACAUUGUACAUGUAAUCAGAUGCUAGAGUAAGUUAACGUUGUUUAGCAUUAAGUUCGUCAACAUCUGUUUCAUCAAAGAAAUGGUGAUCUGUUUCAUCAAAGAAAUGGCGAUCUGCUCAACUGCAUGAAAAAUUCUGGUAUUAUGGAGUCUAGUGACAGUCAGAACUAAACUCCAAGUAACAAAUUCUCUCUGAAGUGCCUGGCAUGUAUCUGUCAUCAGCUGUGAAUGAAUAAGUUUUGAAGUUUUGAUUGGGAGAAUGGCCUCGGUUAGGAGAUGCACGUCAUUCAGUACCGAAUAAAGCAGUGAAUCAUAAUACCGUUAGAUAUAAAGGGAAUUUAUGUUUUAUCACAGGAAGCAGAACCAUUUGCUUGUAGGGCAUAUUGUGGUUUCACUUGGCAGCUGUCCCAUUUUGUGUACAUUUGAGAAUGAGAGAUUUUCUUCUUUUUAUCUGUUUUAUGUGGGUAAUUUGUGUGAAUACUGUAACUUUCUUUGCACUCAUGUGUUUCAAAAUAUUAAACACUGAAAAAAAUAAUUUACUAUAGUACUGUAUAUGCAGUAAAUGUUUGCUCAUUUUAUUAAUAAUAUAGAAUUUUAAGUUAUCAAAUAUGGAUUCAGAAGAAAGUAAAACAAAACAAAAAUUGUAAAAUGAUUUCAAGUAUUCCAGUGAAAGCAUUUGAGUUUAUUUUAAGAAAUGUAUAUUGAAAUAAUGAUGUGUCGUUUUCCAGACAUUAAUAGCUUUCUUUUUCUUUAUUUGUUUGUUUGUGGGUACGUUUGAGCAUACUGACUGCAUGUGCGUGUGUGUGAAUUUUGAAAUAUCAGAAAAAGAAAGUAUGCAGCACUGAAAUCCACUGGAUGUAAUUUAGAAAUAUUCACAUGUGUUGUAUUAAUUUGGGAUAAUAUAUUGUCUAAAAGUAAGCAAAAUUUUUAUUUUGGACGAACAAGGAUUAAAGUUGUCAUCUCUGGAGCUCUGGAGGAGCUAGAACACACAAGUGAUUUAUACCAUGUACAGAUACCUAAAAUCUGCUCAAUAAAAGACUCCAUGAAACACUUCAAGGACUUUAAUGCCCAUCAUCUCAUGAAAAUAAAGUAAAUGUAUAGUA